UCCUGCCCAAUCAUUCUCCCAUGUAGCCUACCUCUCAUGAAGACAGAACACUGCAUCUUAACCAGACUGUUGAUGAUUUGUUUAAACCACCUUGAAAUAUUGGCAUAUACUGACCGGAUGAGUCAGUUCUGAAAGAGACUGGCUGCCGGCGGACACAGGACAGCUCUUGUUUCCGUCACAUCACAUACAGAGAACUCGCCGCAACACGAAAUCAACAAAACAAGAGAGCUCUUCAUCAUCAUCAUCAUCAUGUCGGUACCGGAACCGGCGCGCGAGGCAGCAUCAACCCUUCAAUUAUGCAGGAUCAUGGGGCCAAAUGAUGCCAACAUUGUGGGCAACGUUCACGGUGGCAUCAUCCUCAAGAUGAUUGAAGAAGCAGGAUGUAUUGUGAGCACAAGACACUGCAACACACAGAACGGGGACCGCUGUUUGGCAGUUCUGGUUCGUGUGGAGAAGACAGAGUUCCUGUCCCCUGUGUUCAUUGGAGAGGUCACCCAUGUCACUGCUGAGAUCACUUACACCUCGAAGCACUCACUGGAGGUGCAGGUCAAAGUGAUGGCCGAGAACGUCCUCACAGGUGCUCUGAAGCUGGCCAACAAGGCAGCCCUGUGGUAUGUCCCCUGCUCUCUACAGAAUGUCGACAAGAUUCUGGAAGUUCCGCCCAUCAAGUACACUAGUGCAGAGCAAGAAAAGGAGGGCAGAACGCGCUACGAUGCUCAGAAGUUGGAGAGACUGGAGACCAAAGCAAGGAUCGAAGAGGUGGUGCCACUUCUACCUAACCCAGAGGAUCGACCAAAAGAAAAACACACAGUCUGCUUCAGUCAGUCCAGUCUGAUCCAUUUGGUUGGCCCCUCUGACUGCACACUACACGACUAUGUUCAAGGCGGUGAGUCUACGCUUUUCUUUGUAAUUUCUUCAAUGAAAAUCGGCAUCCAAUGAUCAACUCUAUGGUUG